UUUACUACCGCCAAAAUCCAAUUAUCCUCCUAGCACAAAUAAUUCUACUGCAAAAGUUGAUUCAGAUGAUAAAACCAACGCAUAUAUCAUUUCCACUCGACUACCUUCACUUCCAUCAGAUCCAAAUGUAAAUAAUUCAACAUCUGCUGGUACUGCCGCUGGCGCUGCUACUGUUACCACUUCUACUGCCACUCCUCAUCCAAUGAAUAAUAAUUCAUUAAUUUCUUCAUCAAUCAUUGAAGGUUAUGUAGAAAAAGAUGGUUUUCUCUAUGAUGGUAAUCAAUCGAAAGGAUUUGUUUUGAAUCAAUUGUCUGCUGCUACUUCACGUUCACGUUCUACUUUAAUUUCAGCUUUACAAUCUGGUGGUGGUCGUACAUCAAUCAACUCCCGAAGUCGAACUGAUGAUCGUUUACUUACUAGCAAUAAUAAUAACAAUAACAAUAAUAUUCCACGUCCUCUAUCACCGAAUACUUUGGAAGCUAAAGCUAGAGCUCGAUCAAUUGCUGCAACAAAUGCUGCUAGAGCAUCCGUUGCGGCUAGACGUGCACGAUUUGAACGUGCUCUGCUGGAACAACGUGUACGCUCAUUGAAAUCACAAUUUUGUUCACGUAAACGUUUAAUAUUUAAUUUGGCUAAAUCACUUGCUGAUAUUGCUGUCAAUGAAAUUAAAGGAGCUCAACAAAUCAACAAAGCAGAGAAAUCUAAUGAAAACUCUGCCAACAAAACAUUGGAACAAUCCACAUCAUCAACGCAUCAUCAUCAUCAUCAAACAGACGAAAAAUUAAUUCACCAGAAAAAUCGAUUGAAUAAAUCAUCAUCAACAUCAUCGUCUUCAAUAUUAGGACAGAAAAAGAAAAUUGGACGUCCAUCUAAAAGCAACAGUAUCAUUGCUACUACUACUACUACUACUACUACUACUACUACUACUACUACUACAAAUAGUAGUAACAAAAAGAAUGAUGUUUAUCAUAAACGAACAAAACGAAAAAUCAUCAGUCCAACACGUUCGUCGUCACCGUCAGCAUCCCCAUCCCCGUCAUCAUCAUCUGCAUCACAUUCUAGUGAUGAUGAAAAUAAAAAUCCUAAUUUAAUUGAUAAACAUUCGAAAAAGAAAACGAAGAAGAAGAGGCAGAAUAUUGACAAUAAAACCAAUUGGACAUUAAACACUGAUAAUCAAUUAUUGGCCAAUAAUCGUAUUCCACGUAAAAGUGCAUUAAAUCAUGAAUUUAUUAAAUCUACACCGAAACAUCAUCAACAAGAGCAACAUAACACUCCAACUCUUCUAAUGAAAAUGUCAAAAUCAAUACAGUCCAGCAAGAAAAAAGUUGAUUUAACAACACCAACAACUGGUAAACAUCGUUUCACAAUGAAACAAUCAAAUAAAUUAUUGACAGUUAAUCACAAACAUGAUCAUGACGAUGAUGGUGAUGAGGAUGAUGACGUUGAUAGUCACACAAUGACUGGUAGUUCUUGUUCAACUCCAAGUACAUCACCUGGCCUGGGGGAUAAUUAUUAUGAGGAAGAAGAGAAUAGUAGUCAUUGGCGACGAAAAUCAACGGUUAGUUCUUGUGAAUAA